AUGAGGACAGCGGUUGAUCUAAUCAAUCUCUCACCAUCGGUUCCAUUGGAGGGUGAUGUGCCUCAACGAGUAUGGACGGGAAAGGAAGUCUCAUAUGAACACUUGCGAGUGUUUGGUUGCAAAGCCUAUGUUCAUGUUCCAAAAGAUGAGAGAGCAAAGCUUGAUGACAAAGCAAAGCCAUGUAUAUUCAUGGGCUAUGGGCGUGAAGAGUUUGGGUUCAGAUUAUGGGAUCCAAUUGCAAGGAAAAUUGUUCGGAGCCGGGAUGUGAUUUUUCUUGAAGAUGAGACAAGUGAAGACGUCGAAAGGGUUGAAAAGGAGAAAAAUACAGCAGCUGGUCCGGUUAAUUUGGAGCCUAUAUCUCCAUCCCAAAUGCAUGAAAAUGUUGAGGAAGUAGUGCAUGAUGAGCCCCAAGGUGCACUAGAUCAAGAAGUGCAAGGAGAAGAGCAAUUGGAGCAAGAAGAACAAGUUGAAGAAGAGCAACCUCUAUCCGAACCAAGAAAGUCAACAAGAGAUCGCAAAGCUUCCACUUGGUACUCCCCUCAUGAGUACCUAUUGUUGACUGACGGGGGAGAACCUGAAUACUAUCAAGAAGCCAUGUCUCAUGAAGACAAGGAGGAGUUGAACAAAGCAAUGCAAGAAGAGAUGAAGUCUUUGCAAGAGAAUCACACCUAUGAUUUGGUGAAGCUACCCAAAGGAAAAAGAUCACUUAAGAACAAGUGGGUCUACAAGUUAAAGACGGAGGAAACUAGUUCAAAGCCUCGGUUUAGGGCGCGACUAGUUGUGAAGGGUUUCAACCAAAAGAAAGGUGUUGACUUUGAAGAAAUUUUCUCUCCCGUGGUGAAGAUGUCUUCUAUCCGAGUGGUGCUUGGGUUGGCUGCAAGUUUGGAUUUAGAAGUUGAACAACUCGAUGUGAAGACAGCGUUUCUUCAUGGUGACUUAGAGGAAGAGAUAUACAUGGAUCAACCGGAAGGGUUCGAGGUUAAAGGCAAAGAAGAUCUUGUAUGCAGAUUGAGAAAGAGCUUAUAUGGGUUGAAGCAAGCACCAAGGCAAUGGUACAAGAAAUUUGACUCAUUCAUGGUCAAAAACGGGUAUGCAAGAACUACCUCCGAUCAUUGUGUGUUUGUGAAAUACUUUGCUGAAAAUGAUUUCAUCAUUCUCUUGCUUUACGUGGAUGAUAUGUUGAUCAUGGGUCGGAACGUUGGAGAGAUUGAUAGAUUGAAAAAGGAGUUGAGUAAAUCCUUCGCCAUGAAGGACUUAGGACCGGCGAAACAAAUUCUAGGGAUGAGAAUCUCUAGGGAUCGAAGGAAUGGAAAAUUUUGGUUGUCUCAAGAAAGGUAUAUUGAAAGAGUUCUUGAGCGGUUUAAAAUGAGCAAGGCUAAGGCGGUUAGUACUCCACUUGGAGGACAUUUCAAGUUGAGUGUGAAGCAUUGUCCUACAAGUGAUGAAGAGAAAGAAGUAAUGAAGAAUGUGCCUUAUGCAUCAGUUGUUGGAAGCUUGAUGUAUGCCAUGAUUUGCACAAGGCCGGAUCUUGCUAAUGCCGUUGGGAUUGUUAGUCGGUUUCUUUCCAAUCCGGGGAAAGAACAUUGGAGAGCAGUGAAGUGGAUUCUUCGCUACUUGAGAGGUAAUUCUAGAGUGUGUCUAUGCUUUGGUAAUGGCAAGACCAUACUUGAUGGAUAUGCCGAUGCUAACAUGGCAGGUGAUGUGGACUCUAGAAAGUCGACUUCUGGUUACAUGAUGACUUUUGCAGGUGCUGCAGUUUCAUGGCAAUCUAAACUGCAAAAAUGUGUUGCUUUAUCAACAACAGAAGCCGAAUACAUAGCCGUGACAGAAGCUUGCAAAAAGAUGUUAUGGUUGAAGAAGUUUCUUCAAGAGUUGGGCAUUAAGCAAGAGAGGUAUGUGCUCUAUUGUGAUAGUCAAAGUGCAAUUCAUCUUUGCAAGAAUCCAACUUUCCACUGA